AAAAUUUCCAUGAUCGUUGAACAUUACGUCACCCUCUGUCUUUUGUUACAUCGGGUUGCUCCGGAAACCCUCAAAAAAAUAUAAGGGGCAUUGAAGCAGUUUAGAAUAUUAUUAAUAACCACAUCUCAACACGUGAAGAGCGAUUCCGUGGGCAGCUGAAAGCGGUGGAAAAUCGUUUAGCAGUUUGAACAAACUACGUCGAUUGCCUCUCUAAAAUCCAACUUAUCAUCAGUUCUGACGAAGACUUAAAAGAUUUUGAAUGGAUCUAUUACAGGCUAUUUUUGUCCUGUUUGCUUUCUGCUUGUUGAGUAUCACACAAGCUCUUCCCUUGCAAAAAGGAUUCGAAGGAAUUAGUCUACGACGGGAAAGGAGAGCUUUGAGGCCGUUCCCAAUGUGCAAUCAAACCGCAAUUCCAUCCGGACAUACAUCUGUUUCAGACGUGUCUUUUUGGUACAAAAAUGGCUGGUUCUUAGCUGUUUACAAAGAUGGUAAUAUAAACGGGACUUCAGAUGCGCGCAGCCGCGACAUUGAGCUCCAACUUCAGUCUGUUGGAAGCAGCUUGGUUCGGGUCUUUAGCAAGCAAACUUGUCUGUAUGUCGCUAUGCAGUCAUCGGGAAAAGUUUACACAACGAAGGAACCCACAAGGGAAACGGUAUUUCGACAAACGCAUGAAGCAAAUGGCUUCCAAACGUUUGCCUCUCACCAUCACUUCCAUGCGAAUGAUAAGACAAGAAAAUACCUGUUUUUGUCCAUGAGAAAGAACGGUCAUAUGAAAAAUGGCAAAAGGACUACGAGACACAACAAGACUACGCUUAUUUCAGUGAUUGAAAGCAGGGAAAUAAGCUAAAUACUGCUGACAGUCAAAAUAUCUUCAAAAUAUUUAUUUCGUCUGAAAGCAGGUCUUCAGAACGAGUACCAUGUGAAGAUUUAUGUUGAAAAUUUAAAUAUUUAGAUAUUUAUUUUUUAUGAAAGUAAGUAAGAUAAGCUAUCUAUUUAUAUAUUGUCGCAACAGCGAAUUUAAGAAUUAAAUGAGAAAAAGAGGUUAUUUAUAAAUAAAGUUGUUCGAUCAUAGAGUACCGCUUGGCGAAUAUUGUGGCCUUUAGUGGCUCGGCGUAACUGUUAAACAGUUCGGGUUCUUUACGAAUAACGAGUUCUUUCCAACAAACAUGUUAUGGUUGUCAUUCUAUAAAUCCCUAGAUCUCUUUGAUACAACAUAAAAAUAAAACGUUUCGAGGUAAAACUGAUCAUAUUUUCCUGCCUCAGGGACUUUUUAAAAAUUCCAGAGAAAAAAAUCAAAGGUAGUUAUGAACAAGGAUUGUUUGCAAGGAAAGAUCCUGGUUACCUUCUUUGAAAUUCGACUUACUUUUUCAUUCCCCCUAACUUGUUGAAAACGUGGAUGGUAUAUAUAUAUGAUUCUUCUGACGAUCACUGUAGCAUGAUAAUUCACCACAGCUCGGAGAGUGCCCGUCAUAACCCCAUCUGUCUGUUCUUCACUAUUUAAGACCCUCUCAUUAAACAGUAUUCCAGAAUGGAAGCAAUAUCCUUGAUUCCCAGGGAAUGGCACGGUGACUACAAAAAACUCCAGCACAAACUUCAAGCUCUUAUGUUUUUGUAACAGAUUAAAUGGAAAUUCUUUAAUUUCUCCUUAUCUUGUCCAACGUAACGCUAAUAGCUCUAUUUGGGUUACAAUAAAGUUUUGUAAAUUUCAGAUAAAAAUCCAU